AUGAGCGCUUUCAAGGAAAUCGACGCGUCACGGCUGUACUGUCCGCAGCACAAGCUCCUGACUUGCAAGGUAUGUUUACAUAGUGUCAACGUGACCAACUACGGUAGAAUCCCAAAGGAUACAACUGAACUUUCCUGCCCUGAAUCGGCUCACAACGUCGAACCGCGAUUCGAACUAAUUAGUAAAGGUGUUGUUGACUUGGGAUACCUAGACGGCUUACGUCCUGAGGAACGCAACAAGUUAGCCUACCUUAAGAUACCAAAAAUGGUUAAUGAAGGCCGCCCAUACUACGACUGUGAAGCAUGUGGCCUUACCUGGGCCGCAGGGGGCGGGCCUGGGUCUUUCGGUGUUCAUCCCUCUCAUGUUUGCCCGGAUAGAGAGCGUUAUCUGAUAGCCGUCGUACGUCCAACAAAUUUCGUACGUGGUUUAGAGCAGAUUGAAUGCCAUGCAUACUUCAACUUCGGACAUGACUCCCCGAUGAAUAUCAAUUACAAGUGUAUGGCAAAAUCCGACCUUGGAACUGCAGAUUGGAAUCUUGAUAAUGCUCAUCUAGCUGCUCUAACCCGGAUGCUACACCACGUGUCAGCGAAGGUAUUGCCCUACAGAAAAAAGCUUGUUCAUGAGCAUAUUUACACGAACAGCGCAUACUUCGCUGGCCAAGCCCAGCGAUUUCAGUUGCUGCUGGUUACCUCUCUCAACCAAAAUCUGCUCCAUUUUUUGGGUAAGGUCCACGACUUGAAAUACAGCGCUAAGAGAAAGGCUUACGUUGAGAAGAAUAGACUUGGUAUAGUGGUAAAAAAGUAUCCUGCUACGGCAGAACGCCGAUAUCAGAUAUCAAGUUUCAUCCAGAUGAUCAAGCACCUGGCUGCAGAUGGUAUACAAGUUCAUUGGAUACCCGGAAAGGUGGAUGCAUCUGCAGAUGCGAGGGAAGCCUUCAUGGAUGAGCCAUCUGUACUCACACCACCAGCGCCACCGAAGGAGCCCAACCCUCCAUUUGCUUCGGAAGCAGUGGAUUCGGGUGACGAAAUGACAGAGGAUGAAUUAGUAGAUGCUGAUUCUCUCGAUGGUAUUCCCGACCAUGAAGAUUACCAGGACAUUGAAUACACGCUGGAUCCCGAGGAAGAUGAUGACAUCCAGAAGGCCAUCUGGGAAAGUUUAUCUGACUCGGCCAAGUAG